UACCUUUGGCAAGUGAUCUAAGAGUCCAGUACACCGUUGUAAGCUCAUAGCAACUCUGACCGGAUGAACAUUGACCUGCAUGAUGAACUUGUGGAGCGAAUCAGCAAGAUGAGGCGGGAUCAUCGGCUCAGUCUGCAAUCCUUGGGGUUUAAUAUAGUAAUCAAUAUCAGCCUUGGGUGUCCUGCCUACGCUGUUGGUGGCUGUCAAUUUAGCACCGUGAGACAUCAGGAGAUGGCACAGUUCAGCAUUGCCGCUCAAUGCUGCGAAAUGCAGGGCCGUGUAGGCGUGCUCGUGUUGACAGGCAUUGACAUCUGCUCCCUGGAAGGAAUUACCAAGCAUGUUGGAGAGGACUCAUCCCAUUCUCGUCAACAAAGUCGAUCUUUAUUUUGUUGGAAGCCAGCAAAGUGCGGAGUUCUGAAGAUUCAUGGUUACUUAUGUGAGUAA